AUGAACCCAGCGAUUCCCGCGUACGAAGCGGCCGUGGACCUGCUCCGCCGGUCGAUGGCCAUCGAGGACCGCGCCGCCGCCGACUUCAUGCAGCAGCAGCAGUACGCUGGCGACCUGGACGGAAGCGCCGCCGAGCGUCGACCGACCCGCGACGACGUCGUCGCUGCCCUUCUCUCGAUCGCCGACGACCCGCCGCUCGCGCUCCAGCGCAUUGCCGCUCCGAUCCCGUGCAUGCGCGACAACCUCUCCUUUGAUCGUCUCGAGCGAGUGGACGCGGCCUUGGUCGACGUCCUCGUAGCGACCGGCCGCUUUGACGUCGCCCUCGUCAGCUUCAAGGUCGACCAACAGGGCGGGUACACCAACUUCCUCUCGAUGGUCGAGCCGCACCCAGCGUGUGGGAUCCCAACCAACGUCGCCUCACGUCUUCCCGACAAGAGGGUCCACGCGUACCUCGGUGACGUCAGCAGGGCGACCCCAUCUUGCGCGAUCGUGUUUUGGCCGACGCCAUUCCGCGCGAGUAUCGUAGGGCUCGACGCUACAUUGCCGCUUGCGCAAACGGCCAUCGACAACGUUCCGGGCGAUCGCCUCGGGCUGAGCGUCCGCGAUUUGCUGCUUGGCGUCCUUUCGGCCGUGGUGCUUGUCCAACCUCAGCCAACGCAACUCACCGCCAUCACGAGAGUGUUCGUCCAGUGCAACGACGUGGCACUCGAUCUCAGGGGCGUUGGCAUCUGCAUCCACGCGCUCCUCAAGUCGUAUGGCUGGAUCCCACUCUUUUCUGCGCUCCAAGGCCUCUUCGAGCGCUCCAAGGGCGCAAUAGACAGUCUCUGUCGUCUCCUCGCGAGUCUCGCGGGCCUCACGAGCGGUGAUGAUGCAUUGUGCCCGCCGCUGGAGCAGCCGUUCGUGUGCGAGCUCGUCAAGUUGCUCUCGGGCGUCCUGCUCGGGUACUUGAAGGACCAAAACACUCGCUCCAACAUGCACUACUGGAUCCUUCUUGACUGGUACAUCGACAAAGUGGCGCCCCACAUGCCGCACGGCAACUGGAUCAGCCUGCGCCUCCCACCGGCCCUCGUCGUCGUCGUCGAUAGCUACCUCUUCCGUCCCCCGUUUGGCGACGUGCUUGCGAGCAGCGGGCUUACGCUGACGGAUAAGCUCCGGAGCCUUUCGAUGGGCCUCGUGGACGCAAUUGCGCGCCAGCCGACGCUGCAUCGGCCAAAGUACUUGGCGGCGAUCUCGACCAAGAUCAACGAGGUCGUUACCGUGCUCCCGAGCUUUCGUCGGAUACGCGGAACCUUGGCAUUGAAUGGGUGGUGGCACGCGGCGUGGCGAGAUCGACCGACGACGAUCUCUCUGCAGACAGCGUACGUGCGCGAUGUGCUCGACGCAAUGCACACGCUUGGCCACUGCGACGAGGCGCUGUUUACCGCUAUGCGCCACUUUAGUGGCCGCAAAGUCUUCAUCGCUGGCCUCUUGCGGUUUCUCCAGCACCCGGCGACCGCAGUCGCGUCCCGUGUGCAGUCGCUCGUGGCCAGCUACGUCUUCUCGAUCGCACCGUCAUUUACCGUCACCGACGCCUUCGGUCGCAUGCGAGAAAGCAAGGCCCUCGCCCCGUCGGUCAAGAGUGUCGUCGACGCCCUCCAUGUGCUCACGCUCGUGGCGCCACACGAAGUGCGAACGUUCGGCCUCGCGUGGGCUGCGGCGCUACCAGAGACGCUGGAUGCCACCCGCCACGCGCUCUACUCUGUCGUCGUCGAGGCGACGAAGCGGCUCCCGCACGACACUGGCCUCAUUUCGGACUUGGCCGCGCAGUGUCUGGCCAACUUUCACAAAGACCGGGCGCCCGUGCCCGACGUGAGCAAUGUCGUCAUCGAUGACAUUGCCGUCGACGUCGACCACUGCGCGCAGUGCGCUGCGUUUGUCGUCUUUUUGCGUGAUGGCACGCGGAUUGAGUUUGAGUUUGCUGGUCUCUGCGAGGCACUCCUGGAUGAAAUUGCCAGCCAUCAAGGCCAGCUCGGAUUGCACCACGACGACGUCGAGCUUAUUUUUCCCAUGACGGACGAUCUCUUCCGUGUCGACGUGCGUGGCGGGAACAACUCGAUGGGCGAGGCGAUGAGGGGCCCAUACGUCGUUCGGAAGCGCACGACGCAGGUUGGCCGCAAGAUGGGUCUCGAGCAUCACAUUGAACGCCUGAGCCAUCUGCACCGCGACACCAAGGCCGUCGCGAAGCUCCAGCUGCUUCUCCAGCCGGUGCGCGCGAUCGAGGCGGCGGACAUGAACGACGCGCAACCGCCGUUAAAGCGCCCUCGUCUCGACGCCUAG